GGGAAAUACUGAGUGAUGAUUUGGUAUAUAAAGUCUGAUGGAUGGCGUGGGAGUGGUUUUUAUUUUCAUCAUUCUCAUCGUCCUCAUUCCCAUUUCCACCAGUUUCGAUUCUGUAUCACAUACAUACAUAUAUUAGAUUCCUAGAUAAUCCCAAAGACAACAGACAAGCAACAUGGUAUCAAUCCGUCAUCUCGCCAUAGCGGCAUCGAGUAUCCUCAGUUUCGUGUCUGCAGCUCCAACAAUCGAGUCGAGACAGGAUACCUGGGUUCCGGGUACUUUAAACAACACUCGGGAGUUUUAUCUUCACAUGACUGUUACCGAUGGUGAUUACACGCAUAACGGAUGGGUUUUAGAAGCCUGGCAUACCGGCGCCGGAACGGCCGAUCCUGUCUUCGUAGACUCCUCCAACAACACCGGUACGCGCAUGUAUUUCAAUUCCUCGCAGCUUCAAUUCGACGUCUCUCCCUAUCCAUUCAGCAUCAAUGCAUUUCCAUCCGAUACCAACUAUGCACGAUGGGAACCGGUGACGAUCAGCGCAGGAUAUGGAAGCGGAAAGUUUGUUAAUGAAGGGAGCGCGGGCUUUCAGGUCGAUGAGGAGGAGGCGGAUGGUUGGGUGGUUUGUGAGUGGUUUCAUGGGUUGAAUGCGCCGCAACUCUUUCAGAUGAUUAAGUAUUUUGAUGCGCCGAAUCCGUAUGAUGUGCCGAGUAGUUGCGCGAGGGUUUUGUUGUUUCCGGUUUGGAUUUAGGGGGGCUGAGAGAGGGAGAGAGGAGAAGGGGAGAGAGGAGAAGGGGAGAGAGGAGAAGGGGAGAGAGGAGAAGGGGAGAGAGGAGAAGGGAGUGGAGGGGGUGAUGGAGAAAUAGUUGUUGUGGUGGAUGGAUUGAUAGUGUGAGAAGGAGAAGGGGUCGGUAGUAUGGUGAGCUUUGGAACAGGAUAAUGUGGUGAUGUUAGAUGGACUGCAUGGUGCUUCUUAGGGAACUGGUAGAUGAAAGCGAUUGGGUCAGGUGAUUUAGAAGUAAUAAUAGUUUGUUGAGCCGGGAGUGUUCUUGAGUAUUUUCUUCUGAAUGAUUUACCACAUCAUUAUUUGAAUCGGGAGUCACAUGUUGUGCAGAAGCUAUCGGAUCAUCUGGGGAAGAGUCUAGACGUCACGUUACUAGUCCAUUCUUCUAUCCCUCUUCGCAAGCCACACCCGUUGCCGAGGGACAGUGACUAUUAUUAGAAAAUUCUCCA